AUGCCAGAAGUUCUCAUUUUCAACCAUUUUCAUUUUAUCAUUUGUACAAGAAUGAAACCAGAAUGUCCAUAUCAUUUUAAUAUCUACAAAGAUAGACACCGUAUCAUUUCAAUAUCUACAAGAAAGAUACUGUAUCAUUUUAAUAUCUACAAGGGAGACACCGUAUCAUUUCAAUAUCUACAAGGGAGACACUGUAUCAUUUCAAUAUCUACAAGAAAGACACCGUAUCGUUUCAAUAUCUACAAGAAAGACACCUUAUCAUUUCAAUAUCGACAAGGGAGACACCGUAUCAUUUCAAUAUCUACAAGGGAGACACCGUAUCAUUUCAAUAUCGAGAAGGGAGACACCGUAUCAUUUCAAUAUCUACAAGAAAGACACCGUAUCAUUUUAAUAUCUACACAGAUAGACACCGUAUCAUUUCAAUAUCUACAAGGGAGACACCGUAUCAUUUCAAUAUCGACAAGAAAGACACCGUAUCAUUUCAAUAUCGACAAGGGAGACACCGUAUCGUUUCAAUAUCUACAAGGGAGACACCGUAUCAUUUUAAUAUCUACACAGAUAGACACCGUAUCAUUUCAAUAUCUACAAAGGAGACACCGUAUCAUUUCAAUAUUUACAAGAAAGACACCGUAUCAUUUCAAUAUCGAGAAGGGAGACACCGUAUCAUUUCAAUAUCUACAAAGGAGACACCGUAUCAUUUCAAUAUCUACAAGAAAGACACCGUAUCAUUUCAAUAUCUACAAGAGAGACACCGUAUCAUUUCAAUAUCGACAAGGGAGACACCGUAUCGUUUCAAUAUCUACAAGGGAGACACCGUAUCAUUUUAAUAUCUACACAGAUAGACACCGUAUCAUUUCAAUAUCUACAAGGGAGACACCGUAUCAUUUCAAUAUCGACAAGAAAGACACCGUAUCAUUUCAAUAUCGAGAAGGGAGACACCGUAUCAUUUCAAUAUCUACAAAGGAGACACCGUAUCAUUUUAAUAUCUACACAGAUAGACACCGUAUCAUUUCAAUAUCUACAAGGGAGACACCGUAUCAUUUUAAUAUCUACACAGAUAGACACCGUAUCAUUUCAAUAUCUACAAGGGAGACACCGUAUCAUUUCAAUAUCUACAAGAAAGACACCGUAUCAUUUCAAUAUCGAGAAGGGAGACACCGUAUCAUUUCAAUAUCUACAAAGGAGACACCGUAUCAUUUCAAUAUCUACAAGAAAGACACCGUAUCAUUUCAAUAUCGACAAGGGAGACACCGUAUCAUUUCAAUAUCUACAAGAAAGACACCGUAUCAUUUCAAUAUCUACAAGGGAGACACCGGAGACACCGUAUCAUUUCAAUAUCGACAAGAAAGACACCGUAUCAUUUCAAUAUCGACAAGGGAGACACCGUAUCGUUUCAAUAUCUACAAGAGAGACACCGUAUCAUUUCAAUAUCGACAAGGGAGACACCGUAUCAUUUCAAUAUCUACAAGAAAGACACCGUAUCAUUUCAAUAUCGACAAGGGAGACACCGUAUCAUUUCAAUAUCGACAAGUGAGACACCGUAUCGUUUCAAUAUCUACAAGGGAGACACCGUAUCAUUUUAAUAUCUACACAGAUAGACACCGUAUCAUUUCAAUAUCUACAAGGGAGACACCGUAUCAUUUCAAUAUCUACAAGAAAGACACCGUAUCAUUUCAAUAUCGAGAAGGGAGACACCGUAUCAUUUCAAUAUCUACAAAGGAGACACCGUAUCAUUUCAAUAUCUACAAGAAAGACACCGUAUCAUUUCAAUAUCGACAAGGGAGACACCGUAUCAUUUCAAUAUCUACAAGAAAGACACCGUAUCAUUUCAAUAUCUACAAGACACCGUAUCAUUUCAAUAUCUACAAGGGAGACACCGUAUCAUUUUUCAAAAUCGACAUCAAAAUCGAGGGAGACACCGUAUCGUUUCAAUAUCUACAAGAGAGACACCGUAUCAUUUCAAUAUCUACAAGGAGACACCGUAUCAUUUCAAUAUCUACAAGAAAGACACCGUAUCAUUUCAAUAUCGACAAGGGAGACACCGUAUCAUUUCAAUAUCUACAAAGGAGACACCGUAUCAUUUCAAUAUCUACAAGAAAGACACCGUAUCAUUUCAAUAUCGACAAGGAGACACCGUAUCAUUUCAAUAUCUACAAGAAAGACACCGUAUCAUUUUCAAUAUCUACAAAGGGAGACACCGUAUCAUUUAAUAUCUACACAGAUAGACACCGUAUCAUUUCAAUAUCUACAAGGGAGACACCGUAUCAUUUCAAUAUCGACAAGAAAGACACCGUAUCAUUUCAAUAUCGACAAGGGAGACACCGUAUCGUUUCAAUAUCUACAAGAGAGACACCGUAUCAUUUCAAUAUCGACAAGGGAGACACCGUAUCAUUUCAAUAUCUACAAGAAAGACACCGUAUCAUUUCAAUAUCGACAAGGGAGACACCGUAUCGUUUCAAUAUCUACAAGGGAGACACCGUAUCAUUUCAAUAUCGACAAGGGAGACACCGUAUCAUUUCAAUAUCUAUAACAUAG